UCCGGCUCCUCCGGAGAGGGCAGAGGACUAAGGUGUAGCGCGGCGGUGGUUUUGUGCUAGGGCUUCCCAGAGGCGCACUGAAAAGGCUGGCGGGGCUCAGAAAACUGGGGGGUUAGGGACACACAUUCAAGCCCCCACCCCCCGGGAGGGGAAGGGGGCUGGAGGCGAGGCUUGAGGGCGGCGGAGGGAUGGUGUCUGCUUGGGGGGAAGGGGCAAGCCCUGCCUGUCGUUAGUGAGGGGCUGCGGGCAGGGGAGGCUCCGCGGGUUGAAGCGGCUCCAUGCCCACUGGUGGGUGGAACGUGUUGAGCGGAACGCGGAGGUCGAGCUUGGUGGCUGCUCGGAACCCUGUCUAACGUGGUAUUUCAUUUGGUCCAAGUUGGGAUUAAUUCAUUGGAGGCAGCUUUGCUGGUCUGGCUCCUCCAGGAGCUGGGCAACCUUGACGGGCUUUUUGUCUUGCUGCUCCUGCCCCCUUUCCCUUCCUCCUCCUCCAGAUGCCUUUUCUCUGCCCGGUACAGACAUUUCUAGCGCAGGCUGCGGCUCGUGGCUGCUGUCGGAGCCACUUCUCGGGAUUUCGGCUCGUUUCCCUCAGGGGUGUUUUUUGAGGAGGGAGAGUUUUUCUCCCCUCCACGAUGGGAUUUUCUCCCCGUGCCGAAAUGGACUUCCACUGAUUUCUACUUCUUCAACGUUUAGUGACCAAGUCCCUAGGCGUAUUUUUGUGGUUGUUCCUUUUUUUCACAUAAAUUAUCUGUAAAAUGGAGAACGAGAUCUUUACUCCCCUUCUGGAGCAGUUCAUGACCAGCCCCUUGGUCACUUGGGUUAAAACGUUUGGACCUCUGGCUGCAGGAAAUGGAACCAACCUGGAUGAAUAUGUGGCUUUGGUGGAUGGGGUAUUCUUGAACCAGGUCAUGCUCCAAAUUAAUCCUAAAUCGGAGAGUCAGAGAGUAAAUAAAAAAGUCAACAAUGAUGCCUCACUUAGAAUUCAUAAUCUAUCCAUUUUGGUGAGACAGAUAAAAUUUUAUUAUCAGGAGACUUUGCAGCAAUUGAUCAUGAUGUCAUUGCCAAAUGUCUUAAUCAUUGGCAAAAAUCCCUUUUCUGAACAAGGCACAGAAGAAGUUAAAAAGUUGCUGUUACUUUUACUGGGUUGUGCAGUUCAGUGUCAGAAAAAAGAAGAAUUUAUUGAAAGAAUUCAAAGUUUAGAUUUUGAUACAAAAGCAGCAGUUGCCGCACAUAUUCAAGAGGUAACCCACAAUCAGGAAAAUGUGUUUGAUCUGCAGUGGAUGGAAGUGACUGAUAUGUCUCAGGAGGAAAUAGAACCACUCUUGAAAAAUAUGGCAUUGCAUCUAAAAAGACUUAUAGAUGAGAGAGAUGAACAUUCAGAGACUAUUAUAGAGCUCUCUGAAGAACGAGAUGGUCUUCAUUUUCUACCCCAUGCCUCUUCAUCUGCACAAUCACCCUGUGGUUCUCCAGGCAUGAAACGAACAGAAAGUCGACAACAUCUGUCAGUGGAACUGGCAGAUGCUAAGGCCAAGAUAAGAAGGCUUCGGCAGGAAUUGGAGGAAAAGACUGAACAGUUGCUGGACUGUAAACAAGAACUUGAGCAAAUGGAAAUAGAACUAAAAAGGCUGCAGCAAGAGAACAUGAAUUUGAUUUCGGAUGCUCGUUCUGCAAGAAUGUAUCGAGAUGAAUUAGAUGCACUUCGAGAAAAGGCAAUCAGAGUUGAUAAGCUUGAAAGUGAAGUCAGCAGAUACAAAGAGAGGCUACAUGAUAUUGAAUUUUAUAAGGCAAGAGUUGAGGAAUUAAAAGAAGAUAAUCAAGUGUUAUUAGAAACAAAAACCAUGUUGGAAGACCAACUAGAAGGAACUCGAGCUCGUUCUGAUAAAUUACAUGAAUUAGAAAAAGAGAAUUUGCAACUAAAGGCUAAAUUGCAUGAUAUGGAAAUGGAACGCGAUAUGGAUAGAAAAAAGAUUGAAGAAUUAAUGGAAGAAAAUAUGACUUUGGAAAUGGCACAGAAACAAAGUAUGGAUGAAUCAUUACAUCUUGGCUGGGAGCUGGAACAAAUAUCCAGAACUAGUGAACUUUCUGAAGCACCACAAAAAUCCUUGGGCCAUGAGGUGAAUGAGUUGACAUCAAGUAGGUUAUUGAAGUUGGAGAUGGAAAACCAGAGUUUGACAAAAACCGUAGAAGAGCUUCGGAGUACUAUGGAUUCUGCAGAAGGUAACACUUCCAAAAUCCUGAAAAUUGAAAAAGAAAAUCAAAGACUAAGUAAAAAGGUUGAAAUUCUUGAGAAUGAGAUUAUUCAAGAAAAGCAAAGUCUUCAGAAUUGUCAGAAUUUAAGCAAAGAUCUAAUGAAGGAGAAAGCUCAGCUUGAAAAAACAAUUGAAACACUUAGAGAAAAUUCAGAGAGACAGGUUAAAAUAUUGGAACAGGAAAAUGAACAUCUGAAUCAAACCGUGUUAUCCUUAAGGCAGCGUUCCCAGAUAAGUGCUGAAGCAAGGGUGAAGGACAUUGAAAAAGAAAAUAAAAUUCUUCAUGAAUCUAUCAAAGAAACAAGUAGCAAGCUAAGCAAGAUUGAAUUUGAAAAACGACAAAUUAGAAAAGAACUGGAACAUUAUAAAGAGAAAGGAGAGCGAGCAGAAGAACUUGAAAAUGAGUUGCAUCAUCUUGAAAAAGAAAAUGAAUUGUUACAGAAAAAGAUAACCAAUUUAAAGAUUACUUGUGAAAAAAUUGAGGCCCUUGAACAAGAAAAUUCAGAGUUAGAAAGAGAAAAUAGGAAAUUAAAAAAAAGAUUGGAUAGCUUUAAAAACCUUAGUUUUCAGUUAGAAUCCCUAGAGAAAGAAAAUUCCCAACUUGAUGAGGAAAACUUAGAAUUGCGAAGGAAUGUGGAAUCUUUAAAGUGUGCAAGCAUGAAAAUGGCUCAGCUACAACUAGAAAAUAAAGAACUAGAAAGUGAAAAAGAGCAACUUAAGAAAGGUUUGGAGCUCAUGAAAGCAUCUUUCAAGAAAACAGAACGCUUAGAAGUUAGCUACCAGGGUUUAGAUACAGAAAAUCAAAGGCUACAGAAGGCUCUUGAAAACAGCAAUAAAAAAAUUCAACAAUUGGAGAGUGAACUACAAGACUUAGAGAUGGAAAACCAAACAUUGCAAAAAAACCUAGAAGAGUUAAAAAUAUCUAGCAAAAGACUAGAACAGUUAGAAAAAGAAAAUAAAUCAUUAGAGCAAGAGACUUCUCAACUGGAAAAGGAUAAGAAACAACUGGAGAAAGAAAAUAAGAGACUCCGACAACAAGCAGAAAUAAAAGAUACCACAUUAGAAGAAAAUAAUGUGAAAAUUGGAAAUUUGGAAAAAGAAAACAAAACUCUAUUCAAAGAGAUUGGUAUUUAUAAAGAAUCCUGCAUUCGUUUGAAAGAAUUAGAGAAAGAAAAUAAGGAGCUUGUGAAAAGAGCAACUAUUGAUGUAAAAACUUUGGUUACGUUACGUGAGGAUUUGGUGAGUGAAAAAUUGAAGACUCAGCAAAUGAAUAAUGAUCUUGAAAAAUUAACUCAUGAGCUUGAGAAGAUAGGAUUAAAUAAAGAGCGACUCUUACAUGAUGAACAAAGUACUGAUGACAGUAGGUACAAACUUUUGGAAUCUAAAUUAGAAUCUACGCUAAAGAAAUCUCUUGAAAUAAAAGAGGAAAAAAUUGCUGCUUUAGAAGCUCGAUUAGAAGAAUCCACAAAUUAUAACCAGCAAUUGCGCCAAGAACUUAAAACAGUGAAAAAGAAUUAUGAAGCUCUUAAACAGAGACAAGAUGAGGAAAGGAUGGUACAGAGUUCUCCUUUAACUUCUGGUGAAGAUAAAUGGGAGAGAGAAAGUCAAGAAACGACCAGAGAGCUUCUGAAAGUUAAAGACAGAUUAAUUGAAGUAGAAAGAAAUAAUGCUACACUGCAAGCAGAGAAGCAAGCAUUGAAAACUCAACUGAAACAGCUUGAGACACAGAACAAUAAUUUGCAGGCUCAGAUUCUUGCACUUCAGAGGCAGACAGUGUCAUUACAGGAGCAGAAUACUACUCUUCAAACACAGAAUGCCAAGCUUCAGGUUGAAAAUUCCACACUUAAUUCCCAAAGUACCUCACUUAUGAACCAGAAUGCACAACUCCUAAUCCAGCAGUCUUCCUUAGAAAAUGAAAAUGAAUCUGUAAUCAAAGAGCGAGAAGAUCUGAAAUCUCUCUAUGAUUCUCUGAUCAGAGAUCAUGAGAAGCUAGAACUUCUUCAUGAACGGCAGGCUUCAGAGUAUGAAUCUCUCAUUGCUAAACAUGGAACUCUAAAGUCUGCCCACAAAAAUCUUGAGGUGGAACAUAAAGACCUCGAAGACCGUUACAAUCAGUUACUAAAACAGAAAGGACAGUUGGAAGAUUUGGAAAAAACACUGAAAGUAGAACAGGAAAAAAUGCUGCUUGAAAACAAAAACCAUGAGACUAUAGCUGCAGAAUACAAGAAACUUUGUGGUGAAAAUGAUAGGUUGAAUCAUACAUAUAAUCAGCUUUUAAAAGAGACUGAAGUUUUACAAACCGACCAUAAAAAUUUGAAAAGUCUUCUAAAUAAUUCCAAACUGGAACAAACAAGAUUAGAAGCUGAAUUUUCAAAGCUAAAGGAACAAUAUCAACAGUUGGACAUCACGUCCACCAAGCUAAAUAACCAGUGUGAGUUGCUAAGCCAACUUAAAGGAAAUUUAGAAGAAGAAAAUCGACAUCUACUGGAUCAAAUUCAGACAUUAAUGCUACAGAACAGAACACUGUUGGAACAGAAUAUGGAAAGCAAGGAUCUUUUUCAUGUUGAACAACGACAGUACAUUGAUAAGUUAAAUGAAUUAAGACGACAAAAGGAGAAAUUAGAAGAGAAAAUUAUGGAUCAAUACAAAUUUUAUGAGCCAUCUCCUCCUAGAAGGAGAGGCAACUGGAUUACUCUAAAAAUGAGGAAAUUGAUAAAGUCUAAGAAAGAUAUUAAUCGGGAACGUCAGAAAUCUCUAACUUUAACACCUACCCGCUCAGACUCCAGUGAAGGAUUUCUUCAACUACCCCAUCAAGAUAGUCAAGAUAGUUCUUCAGUAGGUUCAAACUCUUUAGAAGAUGGCCAAACUUUGGGAACCAAGAAAAGCAGCAUGGUUGCACUGAAAAGACUGCCCUUUUUGAGGAACAGACCGAAGGAUAAAGACAAAAUGAAGGCCUGCUACCGUCGUUCCAUGUCCAUGAAUGACCUGGUGCAGUCCAUGGUCCUAGCAGGAGGACAGUGGACAGGUAGUACUGAGAAUUUGGAGGUUCCUGAUGAUAUUUCAACGGGUAAAAGGAGAAAAGAAUUGGGAGCUAUGGCCUUCUCUACUACAGCCAUCAACUUUUCAACUGUCAACUCUUCUACAGGCUUCAGAUCCAAGCAGUUGGUUAAUAAUAAAGAUGCUACAUCGUUUGAAGACAUAAGUCCACAAGGUAUUAGUGAUGAUUCUAGUACGGGAUCAAGAGUUCAUGCUUCAAGACCAGCAAGCCUUGAUAGUGGCAGAACAUCCACUAGCAAUAGCAAUAAUAAUGCUUCACUCCAUGAAGUCAAAGCAGGUGCAGUUAAUAUCCAAAGCAGGCCACAAAGCCAUAGCAGUGGAGAAUUUAGCCUGCUCCAUGACCAUGAGGCUUGGUCCAGCAGUGGUAGCAGUCCAAUCCAAUACUUGAGAAGACAAACCAGAUCAAGUCCAGUGCUCCAGCACAAAAUGCCUGAAACACUAGAGAGUCGAGCACAUCACAAGAUCAAAACUAGUUCCCCUGGAAGUGAAGUUGUUACUUUACAGCAGUUUUUGGAAGAAAGCAACAAGCUUACCUCAAUACAGAUAAAGUCCUCAAGUCAAGAGAAUCUUUUAGAUGAAGUAAUGAAAAGUUUGUCUGUGUCUUCUGACUUUUUGGGAAAAAAUCAACCAAUUAGCUGUGGUCUGGCCAGAUCAGUAAGUGGAAAAGCGCCAGGAGACUACUAUGACAGACGGACAACUAAGCCUGAACAAUUUGUGAGACCUGGUCCUCGAAAGACUGAAGAUACCUACUUCAUUAGUUCUCCAGGAAAACCUGUACCAAGCACUCAAGGAAAGAUAAAAUUAGUAAAAGAAACUUCUUUAUCACGACAAUCAAAAGAUAGUAAUCCUUAUGCCACUUUACCUCGUGCAAGCAGUGUAAUCUCUACUGCCGAAGGAACUACUCGAAGGACAAGCAUCCAUGAUUUUUUGACCAAGGACAGUAGACUACCUAUGUCAGUUGAUUCGUCACCAGCUACUGCUGAUAGCGACAUCACUGCAGCAUCUAGUGAGUACUGUUUACACCAGUGGUCCUCUCAUACAUUUCACAGCCCAAUACAUGCUAUAGGUGCUUGUGCACAAAAUGAGUUAGCUACAGAUAAGCCUGAGUCUCUAUAUGCCCAGGCUAGAAACUCAACAAUAGAAAGGUCACAUUUUCUAAACCAGACUUUGGCCACUAUUAGUAUGCCUAAUGAUGCAUUUGGAAUAUCAGCUAAAGAUAGCAUCGAGUCAUUUACUGUGGCUCAUCCAUCUCAGCCAUUUUUAUCCCUGAACACAGAGUUAGUUAGUAACAUAAGUGGGUUACCUCCCAGGCCAGUCACCAGAGUAACUGACCAGGCUUCUGCCUCUUUGGACAAAGCUGCACAGAAAGAUAAUGAGCAGUUUUCUGAUAAUCAGAACCCUAGCAACAGUAACCCACAGUCUUCUGUAGAUAGCAAUAAUCUGAUCACGCCUGCAUGCCUCUAUCCUGAUGACACAGAAGCUGCAUUGUUGGUUUCUGAGGAUAAUCAAACUGUUUGGUAUGAAUAUGGUUGUGUAUGAUCAAAACCACGCAGUAUAAUAUUGAUGUCAUUUGAUAUGCCCUAUGCUUCUCUAAUCUGAUUUCAAGAGCCGCUAUUGAAAAAGUAUCAUUUGUCUAGGUUCAUAUUUUUAUUUUUUAAAUUGUGGCUUAGUGUUUGGCUGUACAUGAUGGCUUGUAUAUAAAUGUGAAUGUGUAACCACACCAAAGUCUGCAUGAAAUAUUAAUUGCAUUGUACAUUUUCUGCAUGACUUCAAAAACCUUAACAAUACAUGUUCCUCUUUCACAUUCCCUGUCGCCUGUUAAGAGAUUAUUUAGAAGCGUGUUAAAAUAGUUGCAUGCUUUAAUUACCAAGAAAGCAUUUCCAAGUCAUAUUUACUUUGUUGCUUCCAAAAGAGAAUGCUCACUUUUUCUGUUCCUCCCUUGCGCUUCCCGUCCCUUUCCUCCUUCCUCUCUUCUCACUCCUUUCUUUUUUUUCCCCAGAAUGUGCAUUUCAUAUUGCACAUGAAUAGGAAAAUAAUGUAAAAAGGUGUCAUUUUCUUUUGCCAUUUAAUUGUGCCUUCCGUCCUAUUUUAUUUUCAAAGAAAUAGUUAACAACUCAAUAUUCUAUGUAGUAAAUAUUAACUACUGCCCAUAUUUAUAAAAUUGUUCAGAUUUAAAACAUUGUUAAUACUCACAAAUUUAGUGUAAUUUUCAAAAAACCUCAUCAAGUUUAAAUAUGACUUAUGCACUGACUAGGAGCAUUUGUAUUAAUUGUU